CAAGGACAGUUAUUUGUUUAUGAAACACUAAUGAAGGAAACAAAAUGCAAAAAGCAUGAAAACUGUUAAUUACCAACUAGAAAUCUGCAACUAAUGGAAAUAAACGGGACAGAAGUGUUAAAGAUUAAUUGAAACUAGAGUUCUAUGAAAUGCAUUUAUGUUUGUGUAUUAGAUAUUUAAUAUUUUUACCGAAAAUAGUAAACGGAAUACACAUGAAUCGUAUGUUAUAAGCUGUUAGAGGAUUCGUAAUUUGAAAUGUUUAGCAUUGGCGUUAAUGAAUCUGUAUGUACAUUAAUGAUGAGUUGCAAUUCAGAUGAUCUCGCUCAUUACAUGCAAGCGAGCUACAGCCAUGCUUCCAUGCAUAUAUGCAUUACAAUAUCAGCAGUGGCUGUAUUCAUUGGGACUAGGCAUGUAUUCUGCAAAAUAAGAAAGGAAAUGGCCCAUCUGACUGUUAUCAUCAUUGGCGCUGGACCAAUCGGACUUACGGCAGCGCUUAUUGCGGUACAGUGUAAGCGGGUCCAUAGACUGAUCAUCUUUGAGGAAGAGACCCGUUCACGCGUAGAAAAUCGGUCAUAUCAAAUUACCAUACAGCCUUCUUUGGUGUCGUUUCUGAGAAGUUAUGGAGUUGACUUUGAUAAUCUGGAAGGUAUGUGGCAAGAUGGCUGUUUCUACACACGUGUUGGCAUCUACCUGGAAUACAUCAUACAUGUUCUACCACUGUACACCACUGAACCAGAUAUCAGAUUUGGAACAAAGUUUAGCCGUGACUGUAAUGACGCGGUCGAUGCCAUACCAGGGCGAAAGUUGGUGAUAUGCUGCGAUGGACGAACGGGCCUAGCGGGCCAGAUUCUUGGUCUGAGUGAUGAAUGUGUCUAUCAUUCGACCGGGGCUUUCGGUGCCCUGGCUGCUGUAGAAAGAAACAACCAAACUCUUGUGCCAAGACCUGACAUCCGGGUCCUCAACAUUGGAUUUGACCUUUCUGCCUAUGUGUCUUGUGAAUAUGAAGAAUAUACAAAGUCCAAGUUCACUUUGAAAAUAUUUGGAAACUCGAGAUGUAGAUUUCUUGCACUUGCUGUGCGAAAAUCCGAUUCUAAAGUUGUUAAAGCGUUGAAAACAGUGUUGGACAAAUCCAUGAUGCGCAAUAUAUUUCUCAAAUGUUUCAACACCUACAAACGGCCUGAGGAAUCCAGUAUCAGCGAUUCGUUCUGUCUUAACAACAUGAAGUUUAGUCCUCGUCUCUAUGAAAUACGGCUUUCUCAGAAGACAGAAAGCGCCGCCUACAUAUCCGACUGUGACCUUUUUGUUAUCGCUGAAGGGGAAGCAUCGAGAUCUUUCAAUUUUAACACAGGUGUGGAUAUUAACCUAGGAAUGAAAGGUCUGUCAUCUCUGGAACCAUUUAUAGAAAAAAUAACGGUGGCAGAAACAGAGUACAACAUCAUGUCAUCCCUAAUAUACAAAAUGGAACAUUCCGAUAAAAUAUGCAGUGACUUUCUUAAAUAUGGCUUAAAAGAAUAUUUGUUCUUAUGACAUGCAUUUUUGUUAGAGUCCAUACUAUUUUCUAUGGAAGCUCGAAAAAGUAUAAGAGCACUGGGUUCAACCCAGGAACGGGACUCGAAGAUUAUUAAUAUCAACUUUCAACUGUCAUAUUAUGUAGACGAAGACAACUGCAACAACAGUGAACUUGUAGAAUACGGAAAUGUCUAAAUAAGUGAUGACUGAAUAAAUUGACAUUAUAUACAUUAUAUACAUUAUAAAAUAAUCCGCUAAAUAGGUAAAAGUACUUUACGCUUACUACCUUUACAAAGAAAUUGACCUAUCAUAGAGUUGCUCAUGUUUUACUGAAAGAAGUAAACUCUAAGCAGAAAACGAACGCCGUUUUUUGCAGCCAAAUAGACUUAACAUACCGAACAGACAAUUUUCCGUAGUCAAUCGUUAUAUAUUGUAUACAAACAUUCUUCAUAGACGCAGAUAUUACAAUGGAGACUACAGGGAUCCCGUUUAGAAGGAUCUAACAAUACAGAAAUAGUCAGCAUACAACAAAGGCAGAAAAUAUAGACAUUGAAAUAUAUUUAAUAAAUAAAUCAUUAUUU